GUACCCCACUGACUGACACAAGAUCACCGAUGUGCGCGCGCGCAGUUCGUCUGUACAGGCUUUGGAGGUUCAAGCGCAAGAUAAAAAUAUUUCGAAAGAUAUUCCGUUAAAAUGUCCAGAAUUUUAAUAACAGCCGUGAUUUGUUUAUUGGUCUCAAGAGAAUGUUCACUACGCACCCUCCCAGACGCAGAGGACUCAGUCGUGAGCGUGUACACAACACAGCCUUCCACCUCCGGUGCCAGUAUCGAUGUUUACCAUCAGAUCGCUAACAACAUUGCUGAAAGGAUAACAUCGCCCAUAUACAGGUUUUUGGGUAUUGAAAAGAAUACGACGCAAUCUUCAACAACAAAACGCCCAUGGGACAAAAUCGAACUUCUUGAAGAAGCACCAGAAGACGUCAGUAAAUUAGCGACAUCCCCAAUCGGUAACGACAUAUCCAACGACAAAGAUGUUGAGGAAUUAUCUACAGAUGCAUUAAAAAAGAUUAAUAGGAAACCAGAAAAGAUAACACUAUUCUCCAGUUACCUACCAUUUGUAAAAGAAAAGAUAGAACUCAACGAGACUAUUAAUGAAGUUGGUGAUGAUGAUGAGAUCUUUGGUUUUGAAGAUGUUGACGAUGGCGAAGCCGAGCCAAAACCUCGUGACGGACCUUUUGUUUUUGUUUUAGAAAUACUUGGUAGUAUUGUACAGUUAUUAUAUGGAGGUGUUGUUGCAUUAUUCUCGUCGAGUAAAUCAACUUAAGAUAAUCAAUAUAAGUCAGAUUAGAAUACAUUACCAAUAAUAAUAUUUAGGCCGUAUUCGUAACAUAAUU